CCGCCCCCCUCCCCUCUCCACAACCACCACGACGUUAAAUGAGCAGCGGGGAGGAGGCGGGCGGAGAGAGAGACGCGAUCUGCGGACGGAGAGAAAGCGACAACGACGAACGAACGAACGAACAAAAACGCCACAGUGGGGACCAGUCGUGAACGCGUCGUGUAAUCAUUACUAUUGUCGUCGUCGUUAUUAGACCGAGAAGGAAGAAAACAAAAAACGAGGAGGAGUGAGUGAGAGAGCGCGGUGACUGAACGUUUGAGGGGCCGACACGAAAUCCGCACAAGGUGGAGGCCGAGAGAGAGAGGACGAGGCCGAGAGACGACCGCCAACGAUCAACCCGAGCCACCACCAACAACAACAACAACCACCAACAACAACAACAACCAACCACCACCACCAUGCUGCGGGCAAGGCGAUGAUGACGACCGCGGCCAACGGCAGAGGCGCAUCGCCCCUGACUGACCGUUCUCUCCACCCCACCACCGCUACUACUCUCGGGGCCCUACAUCCGCUCCCCGAAUCCAAGGGCAGGUGGACUUGUCGCUUUAAUCUCUUCCUCCAACACCACCUCCUCCUCUUCAUAUCCCAUCGCUUCUUCAAUCUCGGGCUAUGACCGUGGAGGGAAACGCACUGGGAAAUGAGCUGAGAGGCAUGUCGACAGCCGAAAGCAAGGCUGCUGGGGCGGCUGCGCCGGCGCGUUCCUCGUCCUCCCCGUCUUCGUCGUCCUCACUGACUCGACCGGUGCCCGAUGGCGACCUGGGCCGGGGUGCGGACGGCGGCGGUGGCGGCGGCGACGUCGCCGGUGGCGAGAGGAGUGAGCCGAGCCCAUCCUUGCCCACUCUCCUGCCGCCGAUGAGAGGCCGCGCCUCUUCGGACGCCGUCAUGAGGCCCAAGCUCAGGCCCAAGGCCGCCGGCCACGACGCCAACCGGGAUUCGUUGACCGGUGGCAGCUCUGCCCUCGCCAGCGGAGGUUUUGGCGCCGGCGGGGGCCGCUUCAUCCGGCGGAGCGUGAUCUGCGAGAGCACCAACAUGACUCUGGCCGCUGAAGACCUGCGCUCCCUUGCCAGCCUGCCCAACGCCUUCGAUGUGACGCCGGCGGAGCCACAAGAAGGGGGCGGCGUUUGCGAACUCGGCGGGGAGCUGGCUGCUGGCCCCCACUUCAAGGACGUGUUGGAUGCCGAGCUGAUGGUGCUCGAAGGCAGGACUCCUCUGCUUCAGGCUGUGUGCAUCCAGAUUCAACAGCCACAGCAGCAGCAGCAGCAAAGUCAACCGCAGCAACUGGAGGAGGUUGGCUCGGUGGACGUGAACAAGGAAAAGCUGAGCGAAGGCGCCGCUGCUGCUGCUGCUGCUGUCGAAAAAUUGGAUGCGGCCACGGACGCCGAGCGGACAGAGAAAGAAGUGGGGCCAACUGCUGUGGCCUCUCCCAGUAUCCCUGAGGAAGAGGAGGAGGAGGAAGAUGGCAUGAAAGCUGUGGCCACCUCGACGGAUGGCCGGUUUCUGAAGUUUGACAUAGAGUUGGGAAGGGGCUCCUUCAAGACUGUUUACAAAGGGCUGGAUACAGAGACAGGAGUUGAAGUAGCUUGGUGUGAGCUCCAGGACCGCAAGCUGACCAAGGCGGAGCGGCAGCGCUUCAAGGAGGAGGCCGAGAUGCUCAAGGGCCUCCAGCACCCCAACAUCGUGCGCUUCUACGACUCGUGGGAGGCGACCGUCAAGGGCAGGAAGUACAUCGUGCUCGUCACGGAGCUCAUGACGUCCGGCACCCUCAAGACCUACCUGAAGCGCUUCAAGCAGAUGAAGAUCAAGGUGAUGCGCAGCUGGUGCCGACAGAUCCUCAAGGGGCUGCACUUCCUGCACACGCGCGACCCGCCCAUCAUCCACCGCGACCUCAAGUGCGACAACAUCUUCAUCACGGGGCCCACGGGCUCCGUCAAGGUCGGGGACCUGGGGCUGGCCACGCUCAAGAGGGCCUCCUUCGCCAAGAGUGUCAUCGGGACACCCGAGUUCAUGGCCCCGGAGAUGUACGAGGAGCACUAUGACGAGUCGGUGGACGUGUACGCGUUCGGCAUGUGCAUGCUGGAGAUGGCCACGUCCGAGUACCCCUACUCCGAGUGCCAGAACGCCGCCCAGAUCUACCGCCGCGUCACCAGCGGUGUGAAGCCGGCGAGCUUCAACAAGGUCGCUUUCCCUGAAGUGAAGGAGAUCAUUGAGGGCUGCAUCCGGCAGAGCAAACACGACCGGUAUUCCAUCAAGGACCUCCUCAGCCACGCAUUCUUCGCCGAAGACCCCGGCGUGCGGGUGGAGCUGGCAGAGGAAGACGACGGCAUCAAGACGGUGAUGAAUCUGUGGCUGCGAGUGGAGGACCCCAAGAAGCUGAAGGGGAAGCACAUGGUGAACGAAGCCAUCGAGUUCAGCUUCAACCUGGAGACGGACCUCCCGGAGCAAGUGGCGCAGGAGAUGGUAAACCUGAGCUUCGUCCACGAGAGUGACGUGAAGAUCGUCGCCAAGUCGAUCCGCGAUCGCGUCGUGCUCAUCACUCGCCGGCGCGAGCAGCUGGGCGGCCGUGCCGACGAGACGAUCCCGCAAACGUCCGAGGACGCCCAGCGCUUGGCAGCGAUGGCGGCCGCCGCUGCAUCCUUCGCCACCGGACAGCAAGUGCAGUCCACCUCCCAGCAGCAGCAACAACAGCAGCAGCAACAGCAGCAGCAGCAACAGCAGCAGCCAACGCAGUCGUUCGGCCAGCCCAGCUCCGCGGCCCAGCCGCAGAUGCAGUCGGCGGGCCAACCUCAAAUGCAGAUCCAGCCGAGCUCUCAGAUGCAGCAGCCGCAGCCGCAGCUUCAACCCCACCUCCAGCAAGCGCAGAACCAAGGUCAGGCGGCGCAGAGCCACGCGCAGGCUCUGCCGGCCGGCGUGACGGCGUCCCAGGCGCCGGCCGGCACGAUGCAGGGCGAGUUGGGCGCGCACGCACAGGCGCAGCCUCCCGGGUCGCAGGUUGCCUCCGCGAUGAUGAUGGCUCAGCAGCAGCAGCAGCUGGAGGGGGAGCAGCAGCAGAAGGAGGCAGGCACGAUGGCAGCCGCAGAUGCGGAGGGGGUGGCGGCGGCGGCGGCUGCGGCGGCGGCAGCUGCGGCAGGAGCGGCGUUGGCGACGAUGCCCAUUCCGACAUACGCAGAGGUGGUGAGCGGAGGUGUUCCCUUGCCCACGACAAAUGCACAAACGCAGCAGCAGCAGCAGGGGCAUCCAGCAGAGAUUGCUGGAGUGCUGCCACCCACCUCCACUUCCCAGCAGCCUUUGCAGCAACAACCGCAGCAUUAUCAAAUGCCGCCUGCUGGCCCGACGGCUCAGUCAAGCCAGCUACCCCCUGGCUCAUCCCAACAGUUUGGCGGUUAUUACUACACUCCUCCGUACCCUGUGCAGGCCGCUGUCCCCGGCACGAGCAGCCACGCGCCCACCGCUCCCACGUCCGCGCAAGCGCCGCUGCCGCCGCCAUCGUCCAGCCAGGCCCCCGCACAGCCGGCUCCGUCCCAGCAGCUCCCCGCGCCGAUUGCCCCCUGCGCUGGCGAUGCUCUGCCCGCGACGCCCGCAACCGCCGGCGUCUUGCAAGGCGCCGUCGAUGCGCUCGGCGUGCCGUACCUUCUUGUCGGCGUGCCGAUGGCUCAGGGUGCCGUGCCGCCAGCAGGAGCCGUCGGCCAGCCCUACGCCGCCGCUGCCGUCGCCGCCGCUUUGCCUUCGCUGCCCUGUCCGCCGAUGCAGACCUUCCCGCGCCUGGUUGCAGAACCCGGCCUAAACACCUCUGUGCCACCGCUUGCCUUGCAGGCGGAAUACGCAGCAGCGACGCAAGCUCCGCUGCAGCCAAACACGAUGACCUUGCCCGGCGCCACGUUUUACCAGGCUGGUGUGCAGCAACAGCAGCCGCAGCCGCAGCAGCAGCCGCAGCAGCCGCAGCAGCAGCACACAGCACCGGCAGCACCGCCAGGAGGACAGCUGUAUUCCGUCGCGCCGGGCCAGCUGUCGUAUACCACCACAGUGCAGCAAGCACCAGCGCAAUAUUCGUCGCAACAACAGCAGCAGCAGCCGCUAGGACCCGCCGUGCAGAUGCAGAUGCCUGUGCCGCAGAUCCCGUCUGGGUUUAACGCGAUGUCCCCCAUGUCGGCGCAAUCACAGCAGCCUCAGCCACCCUCGACCGCCGUCCAGCAGGCGAUGACGCAGCAGCAGCAGCAGCAGCAACCACUAACGCAGCCAGGUGUGUAUGUGCAGCAGCAACUGCAGCCGCAGCAGCAGCAGCAGCAGCAACUCCAGCCGCAGCAGCAGCCGCAGCAGCAGCAGCAGCAGCAACUCCAGCCGCAGCAGCAGCAGCUGCAGCAGCAACUGCAGCCACAGCAGCUGCAGCAACAGCAACUGCAGCAGCAACCGCAGCAGCCGCAGCAGCCGCAGCAGCCACAGCAACAGCAACUGCAGCAGCAACUGCAGCCGCAGCAGCCACAGCAGCAGCAACAGCAUCCACAGCAGCAGCAACCACAGCAGCAGCAUCCACAGCAGCAGCAACUGCACGCAACGCAGAAUGGCAUCGGCCACAUCCCGGAGGCCGUGCCCCUGCCGCGGCAGGAGCUGCUGCAGAACUUCGGCACACAAGCGCCCUUCUCGCAGCAGCAGCCGCAGCCGCCGCCACCGGCGUCAACACCGCAGCAACCGGUGGCUCAGCAGCCGGCUCAGCAGCAGCCGGCGCAAGCGAACGGCGCCGUUCACGCGGCCAACGCCGCCGCCACCAACACGGCCGCCGUCGUCGCCACCUCCACCGUGCCGCCUCCCGGCACCGAGCGGAUGGCGGUGCCGGCUCAGCCGCAGGCCUCGUUCACCACGACGGUGAUGGCCCAGGCUCAAUCGCAGUUGGUCAAUCAGGGGUCGCUGGAGUACGUUGGCGCGAGCACACACGCCGACUACGUCGCCCAUCAGACUCCGUACAUGUUCUCGUCGGUGGAGGGCACUCUGUCGGACCCGCAGUCGGGCAAGGAGAUGAGCGACGGCAACGAGGGCCCGGCCACCACGACGGCGACGGCGCGGGGCCACAAGGGGCGGCCCACGCAGCGGCAGUCGCGCAAGAACGUGCGCAGCAACUCGCGCCACGAGAAGGGCAGGCCCAAGCUGCAGAUCCUCAACGUGUCCAGGCGAGGCGACAAGGAGGUGGAGUGUCAGCUGGAGACGCACAACAAGAAGAAGGUCACCUUCAAGUUCUGCCUGGACGCAGACAACCCCGAGGACAUCGCCAAGUACAUGGUGGAGAACGACUUCAUCCUGGUGUCGGAGCAGCGCACGUUCGUGGAGCAGAUGCGCGACGUGUGCGACAAGGCGGAGGAGCUGCUGAGCGAGGAGGGAGAGGAAAUGGGCCCCGAAGACGCCGGGGUAACGGCCCGAGACGACGCAUUGCGAGCCGCUGGCGCCAUCGCCGCCGCUUCUGAUGGCGCCGCUGGCUCCGUGCAGGGUCCGACGGUGCAGUCUAACGAGCAGCAGGAUACGAACUCCUCUGCCACCCCGACGAGCAGUCCGGAGUCGGACGGUGCUCCACCGGCCGUCACGAUGGUGCAGUCCGGCCGGAUGCGCUUCUUCGUGAGCCCCGUGGUGGACACGGAGCCCCUGGACAAGGGGGCGUCACCGCCAUCGCAAGACGUGGACUCGGAGCAGUGCAGCGGCCUCUCCUACUCCACCUCGGCCAUCGACCUCAAGCUGGCGUUCGACAACAUGCGCCAGAUGUCGCAGAGCCUGUCCGAGAUCCGCGACGGCAUCAGCACGGCGCCGCCCUCCUACGUGCAGCCCGGGCCGCCCCUCCCCUCCGCGCCACCGGACGUGCCGGGCAGUGCCGCCGCCACCGCCGGCGGCGGCUUGGGCGUGCCGGAGACCAUGCCCGUCACUACCCCCGUUCCCGCUGCCCCGGAACCUUGGCCGGAUCUGUCGCGUUCGCCGAUUGUCGUCUCGUCGUCGGAGCCGUCGGUCGUUCCGCCGGUGCCGCUUGUGCCGAUUCUCGCCCCGGCUCCUGGCGUGCCUCUGCCGACGGCUGCGCUCACGGCCGCCCUUGCGCCGCCGGGUGUCCUCGACGUUCCGACGCCGUUGUCCACGGCCCCGCUGCCGACGUCCACCGUGAUGUUCCACGCUAUCGCCGGCCCCAUUACGGUCGCCCCGUUGACCGUUCCGGGCGUUUCCUUCCCGCCGGCCGCAGCUGCGAUCGCUCCCCCCGCUGCUGUCGUCGUCGUCCCCGCGUCCACGGAAUCCACGGCUCUCCCGGUCCCUCUGCCCGCACCGACGACCGUCGCUGCCCCGCCGAUCACGGUGCCGCCCGCGGAAGCCGCUUACCUCCCUGACCCGGUCGCCGUUCUUGCCGAGGCGACGCCGCCUCCGCUCGUGCCAGAUUUUCCGGUCGCGCCGCUCGACCCGUCGGCGGCGGCUGCGGCGGCUGCCGUCGCCCAGGUCGUUGUUUCGCAGCCGGCGGUCAUUCCGGACGCGCAGCUGGGCAACUUCGGCACCACCACGCCUCCUACAGUGAUGCCGCACCCUGAACCGACGGUCAACAACGAAGCCCUUCAGGCGCAGGCCGCACCCGUAACAGUUUCCGCUCCCGCGCCCGUGCCCGCACAAGCACCCGUAACCGGCACGGCCAUCCCAUACGAGCAGUUGCCCCAGGCUUAUGCCGGUGCCCAGCCAGAGGUGGUGCAGCAACAGCAGCCUCUUCCCGCAGUGCAGCCCACCCUGCCGAUGCCCACCGCCCCAGCCGUGUCUCUGCAGCAGCCCGCCAGCACGCAACCAACGGCGGGCCUUCCUUCCAUGCAGCCCUUUCAACCGCAACAGCAGCAGCAACAGCAGCCCUUACCGCCAACUUCCAUCGCCGCUAAUGUACAGGUGUCGCUCGGUCAGCAGCAGCAGCAACAACAGCUGCCACAGCAGCAGCAGCAACAACAGUUACCACAGCAGCAGCAGCAACAACAGCUACCACAGCAGCAGCAGCAACAGCUACCACAGCAGCAGCAGCAACAGCUACCACAGCAGCAGCAGCAACAGCUACCACAGCAGCAGCAGCAACAGCUACCACAGCAGCAGCAGCAACAGCUACCACAGCAGCAGCAGCUGCCUCAGCAGCAGCAGCAACAACAGCUGCCUCAGCAGCAGCAGCAACAGCUACCACAGCAGCAGCAACAGCUACCACAGCAGCAGCAACAACAGCAACAGCUACCACAGCAGCAGCAGCAACAGCUACCACAGCAGCAGCAACAGCUGCCUCAGCAGCAGCAACAGCUACCACAGCAGCAGCAGCAGCAACAGCUACCACAGCAGCAGCAGCAACAGUUGCCUCAGCAGCAGCAACAACAGCUACCACAGCAGCAGCAGCUGCCACAGCAGCAGCAGCAGACGGUUGCCCCGGUCGGCACACAGGCCCAAGCGCCCGUCCCCAUGCCAGCGGGACAAUCUCCCCAGGUCGCCCCCACAGGCGCCGCCGUCCCGACUCCAACGGCCGUGGCGCCAACGCAGCCAGCGCCGCCCACGGCCGGCUCCACGGUCGGGCUGCCAACUCCGCAGGGCACGCUCCCUCACUCGCACGAGUCCGACACGGAGGUGACGCACCGGCUAACCGGCGCCGAGGACCUCAAGGCGCUGUCGGAGAAGCUGCGCAGCCUUUUCCACGACGCCAGCUCCACUUCGCCGGCGGCAGGAGACGCCACCGCGGCGCCGGCGGCGGCGCAGGCGGGGACGCUGUUGAAAGAGCAGGCGCCAGCGGCGGGUGUGACGGGCGUCGGCGCGGCCGCGGACCCAGCGCACGUGCUGUCCCCGAGCAAGUCGGUGCAGGGCUACGCGCCCACGCAAGCCGGUCCCGCUGUCUCCCACCCGACGAGCCUGGCGCUGUACCCGGCUGCGGCGGCGGCAGGAGUGGCGAGCCAGAGCGUCGCGCUGCCCACGACCACACCCGGGGCGGUGGUGCCGGCUCUGCCCUCGCAGGGCGUGGCGGCGGGGGGGGCGGCGCCAGCGCAGAUGGCCAGCGCGUUCGUGGGCGGUGGCGGCACCGCCACCAGCACCAGCAGCAGCAGCAGCAGCGGCACCACCCCGCCGAAACCCUUGCCUCCAACCUGGCUGCCCGUACAGACGCAUGCUACUGAUCCACUUCAGCAGCGGUUAAUUAAGACUGUCACUCCCACUGGCGAGCAUGUUCCACCGUUCCCAGGCCCGCCCCAGAACCAGGCCCCGUUGGAGAGCCUCGAGGCGAGCCUGAAGCGGACACUGAGUCCGGAAACGGUGCAACACGGGUCGCCCCUGACGGCCGUCACCCAGCCUGGCGGCGCCGAGCCGUUUCCCCUGGCAACCCAGGAGGGUGGUGCCACCUCGUGGGAGACGCUCACCACCCCCAUGCACCCGGCUGAAGGCGUUCUGCCCGCCGAGCCGGGUCAGGGGGCCGGCCCAUGCGCCACCGCAGCCGCCGGCGUCCAACAGCGAGCCGAGUUCGACACCCAGAUGGGCUCUCCGCUCCCUGGUCCUCCAGUCCCGUCCGCCUCGGAGUCGCCCAGACCCCCGGCCGCGGGCACCAACGCCGGAGCGACCACUGCGACCCAGCCCUCGCUGGCGCCACCACAGCUGCCUACCCCUGCCCCCGUCCCAGCGGCGACUACCGUGCGGGGCCGGUUCCAGGUCACCACGACGCGCGACGUAGUCAGCACCGACCCGGCCACAACCACCUCCUCUCCCUCCUCGCUGUCCUCAUCGUCAUCCGAUCGCCACGCGGAUACCGUCACCACCACCACCACCACCGCGGCUGCUUUUGCUUCCGCUGAGCAAAGAACGCAGGGCCCGGCCGUCGUCGCAGAAGCUACGAACGCUGCCGCGGCUCACCCGGGGGGCCGUGACGAUGGGAAAUGCUUCCGGUCCGACACGUUGAACGGCACAGACAAGAGCUGUUCGGACACCGGCGAGAAAAUGCGCGGCUCAACUAUGCCGUUGCCGGGCAUUCCCACUGGAAGCACCGGUCCGGCUGCAGAGAUUCUGCAAGCGCAGCCGCUACCGGCAACGGGGACGGCAGGGCGCGAGGGCGAGCUGCGGGCAGACUGGGAGGUGCCCUUCAGUGAGGGCUACGCGCAGACGCCCGGCGCGAGAACGGCCGACGUCUUCCCCGACGGCAGCGAGGCGACGGAGCAGUACUACAGCGCGACGGAGAACGGGCGCGACAUCACGUCGGACGAUUUCGCGGGGCCCUUUUCCGCUCGCGGCGGCGGCGGUGGCAGCUACGCCGGCGGCGGCAGCGUCAUGCGCAAGCAGCCAAGCACGGACAGCGAGCUGUCCGCGUUCGGCAGCCUGGCGGCGCGGGAGCGGAUGGGCACCUUGGAGAGGACGGAGUCGGUGGGGCGCUUCGAGCUGAAGGACGGCCUCGUGCCCAACGUGCGCUCGGCGUCGUCGUUUGUGAGCAGCGACAACGACUCGGAGGACGUGGAGGAGGACGACCUGAAGAAGCAGCUGCACAAGCUGCGGGAGAAGCACAUGGAGGAGCUCACCAACCUGCAGGUACGCCAGCGGAAGGAGAUGGAGGAGCUGUACCGCCGCAUGGGCAAGGAGCCACCCGCCUGCCUGCAGCAGUCGGCGCCCCCCUCGAUACGCCGACGACGCAUCAGCAAGAGCCGCAAGACGAGCACCGGCGGCAAGCCCAGCAGCAUGCAGCCGCUGAAACCCACGGCGCUCUUCCUCCCCUCCUCACAGCAAGCACCGGUGGCGCGGGCCGCCAGCGAUCCGGCCCCAACGGAACAACAACAACAACAGCAGCAGCAGCAGCCAGCGCCGCCACCGCCGCCGCCACAACUCGCCACUGCACCGCAACCCAGAUUCCCUCAGCCGGCGCCCAUCCCCAAGUCCCACAUGCUCAAACCCUCCUUCUCCACAGAGAGCUUCUACUCGGGCUUCAUCAGCGACGGAGCCAUUAACCAGUUUGGCAACGGCUGGACGGUUUUUCACCAAACUGCCGACCGAGUGACGUACAAAACUAACAGCAAACCGCGCUCCCGAUUCCUCAGUGGGCCAGCCGCUUUGUCUGUCUGUGGUGCGAUGAGACGAAAGAGCAGCGUCCCAACGACCGGCGGCAUGGGCGCCUUCAUUGGCAAUGAUGGCAGAGUUGGCGGAGGCGGCGGAGAGACGCCGUGCUCCGGCGCGGUAACGAUAGGCACCGGGGGGCCUGCGGCAUCCCAGGGCGGCAGCACCAAGAAGGGCACCUUCACCGACGACCUGCACAAGCUCGUGGACAACUGGGCGCGCGAUGCCACCUGCCUGCUGCCGCAGAAGCCGAGUCUCAAUCAGAUCCGGCAGUUCAUGCAGCGGCAGGACCUGGAGGGGCAGAGGCCGUGCGACCCCGGGCUCAGGAUGUACGCGCCAGCUCAGCCGCCACCCCCGGCCACCGCGUGCUUGGGCAGCUGCGCCGGCGGCGGCGCCUCCAUCGCCAACGCCGUGCCGACCGCCGCUGUGGUGCCGCCAUACAUCCUGCCGGGGGCGAUGUGUGCGGGCCAGUUCCCCUGCGGCGUAGCCGUCCCGCCGGGCUUCCAGUGCCCGCCCCGCGUGCCCGUCAACCCCAGCCCGCCGGGGCCACCGCUGCCCUCCUCCGCCACCACCCCGGUAGUGGCCGCCGCCGUCGCCUCCGCGAGCCUCCCUCCCACGGCUCUGACCACUCCGUACCCAGGCAUCGUUGCCUUUCCCGUAACGGGUUUGGUGGCCAAGCCCGGGUGCGGCAUAGUCAGCGGUAUUGGCGGUGUCGGCGGUGGCGUCGGCACCGGCGGUGGUGGUGGCGGCAACGGUGGUGGAGUUGGCACGGGUCAACCGCCCGGGCCGAACCUCAGAACCACCUAAGAGGGAGAGGCAGAGGCCGCCGCGCGUUUACCGCUGCUGUUGACUGCACGGUUGACUCCGCGGGUGGGAAAGCGUGCCGUUGAUUUUGUGUUGGGAGUUGUGGGGGUCGUCGGGGAAGGUCGUUCGCGGAAGGAAAUAAGGUGAAAUGUAUAAAACGUGGGUGGCCUGCUUUGGAAGCGAGUUGCUGGGGCUGCAGAAAGCGUAACCUGGCUCACUGUUCCGUUUAGUUUAACAAAAAAAUUAGAUUACGCAAGGCCUCGAAAUGAAAAAAAACGUGACUACCUUACCAAGUGUCCAAAAAUUCUAUUUUUUGAGAAUUUGGCAACCACUCCGUGGGGGAAAGUGAAAUGCGAUGGAAAGAAAAGAAGGGGGAAUGAAAUAACAGAAAAGGGUCAGUUUGUGUUGGCAAAUUGUUGAAUGUAGUUGGUUGGGUCGAACAGAGAGGUGUGGAUUUGAAAAGUUAAUGUCCUUGCACCGAAGGCACUUCUUAGCAUCGCGAUUGUUUUUCUUUUUUCUUCUGCUAAAGUCGAACGUCUGCGGGAUGUUAGAGAUGGUCUUCGUUUUUGUUUUGUGGGUGCUGGUUUGGUAUAACACUAGGGGCGUGGAUUUGGGGGGGGGGGAGUAGAGUUGACAAUGCAUGUGGGGGGGGGGGGGUGUAAGGGUUAAUUCGAGACAGCAUUUGUGAGCACAAUGUAAAAUAAUCACGGACUUCGUCACAAGCGAUCGGCCGAGUUUGCGCGCGUAGCCUUUUUUUUUUGUUGCUGUAAAUGUCUGUUGGUUAUCGAGGGCCACGCGAUGAAACCUACAAAACAAAAAUAUCUAACGGAUGGAGAGCGUUAAUUGAGAUCGCACAGACGAAUACAAAAUGGCGUGUGUGGGGUGAAAGAAAUGGCAACACCUGCUUGCAUAAGCAACUAGACACAUUGAAAAAUGCAAACUUUAAAACAAUUUAUAGCCAAUUUUGGGUAUAGAUCAGUGAAAAACAGCUGCUAUGUAAAAAGUCUUUGGCUUUGUAACUUGUCACUUUAAAGAAUUUGAUGUGCUUGUCUGUGUUUAUUGAGCUUUGGGUUUAUUUGUAAAUGUGAAUAUUAAUACUGGUCCUUAAGGUUACUUGAAAUGUGUUGGGUUUUUUUAUGAUACGAGAAAAGCUUGCAUAGAAAGAGUGCCUUGUAAAAAACGGAGAGAAAACCACGUUAAAAAAAAAUAGCUUUCUUGCUCGGGUUAGUUGUGCUCAAAAACUGACAGCUCUCGCGCAGCAAGGCGCGACGGCGUACAGUAGGUGAUAAAAGAAGCUCCUCUUCAACAGCCAAGCGUGCAACGUCUCUGUGCUGUAGACCAGCAAGUUUAAGCCAUUUGUUACAUUCUAAGUUAAACAAAAACAACAAAAAAUAGCAAGCCGUGGCUCCGAGCUUACAUUGUACAGAUUUUCUGCUUUUAACUUUCAGUGACGCCGCGUGACGGUGCAGGGUUAAUACCGACAAAUAGGAACAGGUGUCGGCGACGGAUGCCGUGCAUCAUCGGUGAAUCCGCGUAGAGAUGAUGCAAGGCAAUCCGCUGGACUGCAGGGUAUGCAUGCUCCGCGAAAGGCUGGGUAUUGGCGUCCAACUCCUUGCUGGCUUGGGUCGCGUGUGAACGGCUGCGGGGUCCGGGUGUCGAGUCAAAAUGCCCCCCUCUUGAGAGUCCAGUAGUGGCGCCACAGUUUAGAUCGUGGGUCCGAAACAAGCAGAUCUUCGAGCAUAAGAGGAAGUCCUGAACAACACGUGGGCAUUAUGGGAUUGGCCUGAUGGAUAUCGGCAGCGUUGUAAGCCACUGGGACGAUUAACAAAAUGGGCGCGAGUCGGCAUUUCACGAACGAGCAAUUGGUUGUAAAAAACACCAACCCAAAAUAAAAUUACGACUAUAGAGGAGAAGGGGGGAGGGGCGGUCAAGUUUACAGAUUUGUAUCAAAAUACAGACGGCAGUUGAACACCCUGGAAGAAAUGCUCAACGUUGGUAUGUCUAAGAAAGGCAUGCGUGUCUCGCGUGCGGCAGAAUAUCCCCCCUCUCACCCCCCCGCUCGCCGAAAUCCAAGCUACUCGCAAGACGGCGAUUGGUUCAUCCGUCCCUGUCAUUUCCGCUUCGCACCGAGGUCCAGCCAAACUUGUGCGGUGGCUAAGGCAGACGGGUUGGGUGAAACGGCUGCUUGCAUAGGCUUGCUUCAAGCAUUCAUCGCCAAUAGGCCACAGUUACAUUGAAAUCAACGCUCCGCACAAAGCUUCUCGCAGGUUGCGUUACACCAUGGAUAACCACCCUGGUUCUUAUAUUCCAUCGUAAUCUUUUUAUAUUUGGUAGAUUUUGCACGAAGGGGGAACGUGCGACUCGACAACAUUGCCUAACUCGGGCAAACGUGGUCGUGGCGAUGGUAACUCUCAAAUACCGCCGUUUCACCCAAACCAAACCACCCGGUGAUGCUCGCUCUCUCGACGCACGCCACCUCCCCCGUCACAAGUGAGAGGUUCUGCUCAUUUGUGGCAAUGAUGGGGCACCUGGAUAAAAUGAAUUGUCACAAACCGCUGUCAUUGAACGAAGCGCACAAGACUGCCUUGUGGUUUGUGUGUUGGUGUGCCGCCACCUGUGAUUGGUGGGGGGGGGGGUACGUCACUGGGCGCGUACGAGGUGCGCGCGUGCGUGUGCGUGUGUGUUACUGCCGCUUGGCUUGCGUUCAUAUUCUGCAAGCCCUGUUGGCCUUGGCGGCUACCGCGGGACACCCAAACACGGACGACCGUGCACCUGCUAUCCUCUUUUGGCAUCGUGACCCCGAUCUCCCACCCUCCCUUCCCGUGCGUAGGUUUUUACAGUUGUCUGCGCUGUGACGAGGGGAAAUCUUUCAAAAACCGUCCUCUUUGACCGAUGGAAGUUCGCGUUAGUAAAGUUCUUUUAAAGUGGCCCCAGCAUUCACGUUUUUCGAGGUUUGUUUCGAGCGACCUCUAUUGGCAUCUGUUGCUUUUUUUUACUGCAAUAACACUAAAACCUUGACUCUAAACUUAACAUCGAUUUAGGGUUGCGGCGAUAUUCACAUCUUGCCUGAAUUACGUUGGCAAACCCCCGCCCCCUGUUAUUGACAGUGGAGAUUUUUUUUCCUCCGGUUUUGCCAACACCCGGACAAGGAAGUAACAUUCACCCACACGUGAAUCGUGGACCCGUCGUGUUAUUAUUACAGAAAAUAAAAAUGCAAUCGAUUGCCAUCUGGGACAACUUUAAACGAUCCGAGAGAGUGAAUGCAGUUGAGCCGACGCAGACUUUGGUUGUGCAGAUUUUCGCCUGCAUAUAGUGCCACUGAUGAAUAAAAACAAUGCUUUGUCCGUCCCCGCAUUUUGUAUAGCAAAUUAUAUCAGUAUUAUUAUAUCACUAACGCUUCAAGCUGUGAAAAGUGUACUUUACUGAUUGCCGCAUUGAUUUAUCGCAACUGUAUUAUCCUUAUGUAUGUACGUUCUGUAUUAAGACCUGUAUUAUCAUUUUUUUCUGUUUGGGUUUGGAUCAGUACCCAUGCAGACUUUGCUCGAGGGCUGUCAGGCAGUGGUUGGUGGGGUUGGCUUAGGCCGGGUGUCAAUCCAGCUCUGUGAACCCUGCGUUUCGUCUGAUAUUAAAGGUUAAGAGAUGGAGGUAAGGUGAGCAGAGGCGGUUGUGGGUGGUAGGUGUUAGGCAUGCGAGGAUCGCAGUUAAUUUUGCGGAUUGCGCGUAGAUACCGGAACUCGCGUUGACGCGUGUCGAAUUGUGAGCCUAUGAAUUGAUUAUUUUUCGAUUUGUACGAAUGCAUGCUAUUGUUAUGUUUACGAUAAGUGCGAAAAUUGCUUAUAAACCUGGCAAAGAAAUCAUAAUUAACAAUACAAAAGAAGGGUUUUAUGAUAGAACAAAAAACAUCUAAUUUUUAAUAGCGCCAUCCUGAAUCUUUACAAUCAUAGGUUUGCUGUGGGCAGGGUGAGUUGUUACUCGCCACGUAUUGCAAGGUGGUGGCUACUCGCAGUGGGUCAAGAUGACGGAUUCACGUAAGAACGGGUACCGUGAGGUUACUUGUGUGUGCAAAGUUGUCCGUUUCCAGCUGCAAAGAGAAUUUGUCAUCGAUUUUACAGCUAUAAAAGUGGGUGUAUUAAUCAAGUUCAGUCGAAGCCACCUACGAACAUGCCUCAACUCCUCCCCACUCGCAUGUCUGACAACUAAUGCCCUCUGCAGCUGGAGAAAAAGACACAGGGACAGAGCUCUAGGAAUGGAUACAGAAGUCUAACUUGGUUUGGUUGAACCCUGCCUGACCUCCCAUUCCCACACCCAUGCUCUGCACGGCUCAUGAGGAGUAAUGUACAACGUAUACCUUUGUGCCAUUUUUUUUUGCAUGCUGGUUAAUGUUUUCGUUCCGAUGUUUUUGUUUACUCUAUAAAGGUAUGGUAUUGAAAUGCAUUCAACUUUGCAAUGUAAAGCAACCGUGGCAUCCGCGUACACACAACGGUACAAAACAAUUAAUUAGUUUUCUUACUCUGCAUGUAUGUAUUAAGAUGCGGGGGGGGGGAACCUGUCCGUGCACAAAAUGGUCACAAUUCUGAAACGGUAUAUCUGCAUUCAUUAUCCCUGUUUUUUUUGUUGUUCACUAUCGUUUUAUUUUAUUUCCUUAUAAUGAAUCUGUCCGUUCGCUAUAAGUGGUUGUAAAAGUGGUUAAUGUUUGUGGCACAGCUGUUGGUCGCGUGCAGAGGAGCUGGGUAACGUGGCAUAUUGGCGCGGGAGCUUUAAUCGUGGAGAACUUGGGAGAAGUACGUAUGCUACCGCAUCGGCUGGCGUUCUUUCAUUCAUUGUCCACUAAACUCGACUGCGCUUGUGCUCGAGUGUAUAAAUAAACGGCGGCUUCCCUGUCAGUUCGGAGCUGUUGUCAAAAUCUGUGAUGAUGCAUCAGCUGGAAAACCGCCUUUUUGGUGGCAGUGAAGCACGCUUAAUGUAACCUUCCUAUGUAUAACUGUUGGCCGCACAUCGUUGAUGAGCGGAGAGGGCUUGCAACUCGUGGCUACAUUGAUUCGCUGCCUCCUUGGCAAAUAAGCAAUUGCCCGAUUUUUUUGCUAUUUUUUUAUUGUAAAGGAAUGAGAGUCCCCUUAAUUAAUGCUGCCACGGUGUAGUGAUUAGCAGCACUCGACUGGACUCGCAAUCCAGAGGUCAUCAGUUCAAUUCGAUCUCUCGGUCGAGCAGUUGAAACGAUCGGCGAGUUUUUUUUUUAUUCCCCCCAUCUCUCUGUACCACAUUCGAUGAGCAGCAGCAGCAGGUCGUGUGUGCGAUGGGCGAAAGCGUGGAUAACUCCCACCCCUUACAAGGACGCCUGGUCAGUGGGGAAGAGUAGGCAAACGCCUCUCUUGGGACCCUUCUGCCAGCAGCAGCGUGAGCGAGGAAUUUCGGCGCUUUCCCAUCACGUGACGGAGCUUGUCAGCGAAAUAUGCCACCGUUCAACCGUUCAUUGCCGUGCAGCAGCGUGUGCAAGGCUACACAUCGCCAUGUAGUCUUAAUAGCAAACCCUGUGGACGUUCAGAAUGGCAGAGCUGAAUAUAUUACAUGUCACACAUGUGUAAAUGUUUGGGGGCGAGGGUCGCGGGUGCAUUUGCUUUCCCAGCAAGCUUGUGUUUGCUUCGAAAGCAAAAAAAAAAUAUUAUAUCGAUGAGAAAAAAAAUGUAUUUUCAUGUCCAUUAGCGAUUCGUCAUGUGACGCCAAAAUUGUCCAACUGAUUGCAGUCGGUGUUGAUGAUAAAAUCUAGAUUAUUCCACCACACGGUGAUCGGGUUCGCCCGCACAGCUGUCAAAGACCGACCGACGUGGAAUUUCUCAAUGCGCCAACUUUCGUCCCUGCGGGGUGAGGGCGAAUCGAUGCAAUUCUGUCGGACUAUUUUGGUGGCAUUGAAUCAUUGCUGGUGUGUGUUCACUGUAUUGCAGACUACGUAUAUAGUUUCACCAUCACUUACCACUGGGUAGGCUGGGAUUGGUCGUCUCGUAGUGUGUAGUAAUUCACUGUUCUCAACAGCAGUGCGUGCAGUGUCAAGAUUUGUAGAAACAGUGGUUUAGAUGUAAACUAUUGCUCUAUUUAUUCAUGUUGGAUGGGGAAGUCACGACAUGAGGCUAAACAUCCACUGCAUUAAGAGAAAAUAAAAAGCCUGUGUUUGCACUAAGGAGUAAUGGAUGGGUGUUAGGUGUUUUCGUCUUUUAUUUUUUAAUUACAUAAUACUGCUUGUGUCUUCAAUCUCAUCAUCGUUUUACGUGUUCCUUUGCUGGGGAAGAAACUUGCAAGCUGAAAUAAAUACAAAUCUAUCUUCUA